AUGAAUCAAGAAAUUUUAAGCAGUAAAAUUUAUAAAGUCCCACUCAUGGAUACAGAAGGUAAUAUAUGGGAAAUAGAAGCUUGUGGCAUUAUGGAGAUCACAUCUGAAGUGCCAAAAAUUGAUGUAUCAAAAAUGCUGGAAAUUCUUGAGGCCUCAGAGUUAAAGAUAUGUAGGCCCUGGGGCAAAAUAGAACUGUUAAUUGGAACUGAUUAUGCAGGACUAAUGCCUGUUGUAUUGAAAACUGUGGGAAAUCUUCAACUGAUGAAGAAUGCAUUUGGUUAUUGUAUCAGAGGAUUACCUUCAACUGAAUUAAUGUUGAAAUUGAAUUGUGCUAUGAUCAGGAUAAAUCAUUCAAAUUGUUCUUAUAGAGUUGAAGAAAUAGAUAUAAUACCUCUAAAAGGUAUUGGAAAACAAAUUGAAGAAUUUUUGUCGGUAGAAGGGCUUGGUGUUCAGUGUUCACCAACUCCAGUGGAAAAAUGCUUUAAAGUAACCUAUCCAUUUACUGUUAACCCCAAGAACUUACCCAAUAACUAUUUUGUGGCCAAGGCUAGAUUGCAGUCACUUGAAAGGAGAUUGAAACUGAAUGGAGCAGAGUAUACUGGGAAAUAUUGUGACCAAAUUAAUGACAUGAUUAACCGAGAUGUUGCUCGUAAAUUGACUCGAGAGGAAUUAGAAACUUAUAAAGGCCCUGCAUUUUAUUUUCCCCACUAUGAAGAUAUCAAACCAGAAUCAGAGUCUACACCGUUGAGAAUAGUAUUUAAUAGCAGUGCAAGUUAUACGGGAAUAUCUCUGAAUGAUUGUUUAGCAAAAGGACCAGAUAUCCUUACAAAUAUGAUGGGAAUAUUACUAAGAUUCCACCUGCCUCCAGAAGAAUAUGUGCUAACUAGGGUUGCUUUUGGAGAUAAGCCAAGUAGUGUUAUAGCAAUUUUAGCACUGCAAAGGGCAGCAAGACUGAUUCCUCUGUUUAUGAAUCAGACUGAAGAGAUUUUAGAUAAGGGAGGAUUUAAAAUAAAACAUUGGAUCAUAUCUGGAGAUGAUUUCCAAGAUGUUGAAAGGAAAAGGUUAAAUAAUUCUGAUCAAGAGAAGGUGCUUGGGUUGAUUUGGAAUUCUGCAGCAGACUAUUUUAGCUUCAAAAUCAAGUUAAAUUUUUCAAGAAAGAGAAUUAAGAUAGGAUGGGAUGACCCAGUAUCACAGCCAGAAAGAGAACAAUGGAAAGUAUAUUUCAAAGAAAUGUAUGAAGUUGAGCGGAUACAUUUCCCCAGAUGCAUAAGACCAACUGAUGCUAUUGGUGAUCCAGGAUUGAUUAUAUUUAGUGAUGCAAUAUUAGCUGCAAAGAACAAAUUGGCACCUUCAAAACAUAUGAGCAUACCCAGAUUGCAGUUGUGGGGAGCAGUGAUGGCAUGCAGGCUGAAAGAAUUCAUUGAAAAGGAAAUGAGUUUUCAGUUUGAAUUUGUGAAAUUGGUGACAGAUUCCUCAAUAGUGAGAUCCCAAAUAACGAAUGACUCAUUAAGAUUCAAUACUUUUGUAGCUGGGAGGAUUUCAGAAAUACAAAGCAAAAGUAAGGUAGAUGAGUGGUAUUGGACUGCUUCAGAACACAAUCCUGCAGAUAUAACAACUCGGCCAGUUAAACCUGAAUGUUUGGAUGUGGAAUCAGUUUGGCAAAAGGGACCUAAGUACUUGUCCUUUUCUGUAAAUGAAUGGCCUCUUGUCAAGAAUGUAGUUUGGAAAUUCCAGAUAUGGCAUGCAGAGAGGCUACGAUAA